ACCCCAGUACAGUACAUGCAGCAAGAGGGAGGGAACACUUAAAGAAAGAGCAAAAGACUGAGAGAUCAGCAGGACCCUUUUCCAAAAUCCUCUCGUAUUUCUUCUUCUUCUGAACCCUUCAGUAUUUGGAAUCUACAACAUUUAACCACAACCAGCAUCAAUUUUGUAUUCUUUUAAGUUUUUUUUUUUACACUUAUUAUUUUUUACACCUUCUCAAUAAUUUUGUUUCUACUUGGACUGGAUUCAUCAUGUCCUCACCUCUAGAGACCUGCAAUGUCGAUGCUACUGUGUGCUCUGGCACAUCAUGCCUGGUGCCAGAGAGUGACUUUAACAUGAUCCUCAGCACAGUCCUAAGUAUUGUGCUUACUGUCAUGCUAGCCAUGGUUAUGUUUUCCAUGGGCUGCACAGUGGACGUGCACAAGCUCUGGGCACACGUCCGCCGACCGUGGGGUAUCUUCAUUGGCUUUCUCUGCCAGUUUGGUAUCAUGCCCUUUACAGCAUUUGCCUUUUCACUAGCCUUCCAGGUGCUUCCCGUACAGGCUGUGGUCAUCCUAAUCAUGGGCUGCUGUCCUGGAGGCACCAACUCUAAUGUCAUCACCUACUGGCUAGAUGGAGACAUGGAUCUUAGUAUCAGCAUGACUACCUGUUCAUCUAUUCUGGCACUUGGGAUGAUGCCCCUUUGUCUGCUCAUCUACACCUCAGUUUGGAUCUCAUCCGAUACCAUCCAGAUUCCCUAUCAAAGCAUAGGAAUUACACUGGUGAGUCUGCUAGUGCCCGUUACGUUGGGAAUCUUCGUCAAACACCGCUGGCCCAAAGUAGCAAAAAAGAUCUUGAAGUUUGGCUCUAUCGUGGGUAUCCUUCUGAUAAUCAUUAUUGCUGUGGUCGGUGGCGUGUUGUACCAGUCAUCAUGGACAAUUGCUCCUUCUCUAUGGAUAAUUGGAGCCAUCUACCCACUAGUCGGCUUUGGCCUGGGCUUUCUGCUGGCUCGAUUUGUGGGACAGCCCUGGUACAGGUGUCGCACUAUUGCACUGGAGACCGGCUUUCAGAACUCACAGCUGUGCAGUACGAUUGUUCAGUUGUCCUUCGCUCCUGAUGAGCUGGAAGUCAUGUUCUCCUUCCCCUUAAUCUACAGCAUCUUUCAGCUUGUUGUGGCAAUGCUUGCAAUUGGAGGUUACCAGCUGUACAAGAGGCGCUAUGGGAAAAAACUUACUGAAGAAGACGAUGAUGAAGCUGCUGACAUUGCGUCAUGUAAAGACAAAAAGCCGCAUGCUUUGGACAAUGGAGGGUUUCAGAGUGAUGAGAAUGGGAACACUGAAGGCAAGGGAACAGUCACUCACCUGUGAGCUGGCAUCAGGCUCUCUCUUCAUUUAAAUUGCCUUCUGCUGACAGAAGGGUGUUUUCUGCCAGCACCAUUUUGCCCCUGGCUAGUGGAAUGAGCUGUCUGUCCAGACACAUUAUUUAUUAGUGUUCUCAAACCUGUUGAAAAAGUACAGCAUGUUCCAAAUUCUCCAUACAUAUGGGAUUUUUUUUUUUUUUAAACCUCUUCCACUCAUGAACUCAUGUUAACACUUCUGGUGUUAUGCAUGUAAUUGCACUUUGAAUGGAGUCCUUUAAAUUACCUUUGUGCUGUAUCAUUUCCUGAUACACUAUGGAAUAUAAUAAUACACA